ACGCUGGGGGAGAUGGUGCGGUGGGAGGCCGCCGCCAGGAAUGUGUAAUAUGCAUGUGUCACUAGCUGAGGCCCUGGAGGUUCGGGGGGGACCAUUGCAGGAAGAAGAAAUAUGGGCUGUCUUAAAUCAAAGUGCCGAGAGUCUCCAAGAAUUAUUCAGAAAAGUGAGCAUGGCUGAUCCUGCUGCUCUGGGCUUCAUCAUCUCUCCGUGGUCUCUGCUGUUGCUGCCGUCGGGCAGUGUGUCUUUUACAGAUGAACACACUUCCAGUCAGGAUCUCCGAGCAUUCACUGCUCCCGAAGUUCUCCAGAAUCAAUCCCUAACUUCUCUUUCAGAUGUUGAAAAGAUCCAUGUAUAUUCCCUUGGAAUGACAUUGUACUGGGGGGCUGAUCAUGAAGUACCUCAGAGCCAACCUAUCAAGCUGGGAGAUCAUCUCAACAGCAUUUUGCUUGGAAUGUGUGAGGAUGUCAUUUACGCUCGAGUUUCCGUUCGGACGGUCCUGGAUGCUUGCAGUGCCCACAUUAGGAAUAGCAAUUGUGCACCUUCAUUCUCCUACGUGAAGCAGUUGGUGAAACUGGUGCUGGGCAAUCUUUCUGGGACGGAUCAGCUUUCCCCUAACACUGAGCAAAAGCCUGAUCGGAGCCAAGCCAUUCGAGACCGAUUGAGAGGGAAAGGAUUGCCAACAGGAAGAAGCUCCACUUCUGAUGUGCUAGACAUAGACAAGCUUCCAUUCUCUCAGCAGACCUUUCUUAACAAAGGGCUUAGUAAAUCUAUGGGAUUUCUGUCCAUCAGAGACACACAAGAUGAGGAAGAUUAUUUCAAGGACAUUCCAUCAGAUAAUAAUUCUAGACACGAAGAUGCUGAAAAUACCUGCUCCCCUUCCCAGUUUAAAACUCAUACAGGGAAAAAGGUUCCCCCAAGCCCGGAUAUAGUUUCCAAGAAGAAGAUUUGGGCUUCGUCCAUGGACUUGCUUUGCGCAACUGAUAGAGACUCCGCUUCUGGAGACACUGGCAGAUUCCCACAUUGCCUCCCCGAGGCAGCCACCGUGCGGACUUCAACUGCCCCUAGAAAAAAGGAGGCCAGGUACUCAGACGGAAGCAUAGCCUUGGAUAUCUUUGGGCCUCAGAAAAUCGACCCGCUGUACCACCCACGAGAGUUGCCCACCUCCUCCGCAAUAUCAAGUGCUUUGGACCGAAUCCGAGAGAGACAGAAGAAACUUCAGGUUCUGAGAAAAGCCAUGCAUGUGGAAGCAUUUGAGAAGAGACAGUAUGAAACACCCCUAGAAGGCAGCUUACUCAAUCAGGAGAUCAUGCUGAAGCGGCAAGAAGAAGAAAUGAUACAGCUGCAAGCCAGAAUGGCCCUUAGACAGUCUCGGCUGAGUCUGUUCCCAGGAGACACGAUCAAAGCAUCUAUGCUUGACAUCACCAGGGAUCCCUUAAGAGAAAUGGCCCUAGAAACUGCUAUGACCCAAAGAAAACUGAGGAAUUUCUUUGGCCCUGAGUUCGUAAAAAUGACAAUUGAGCCAUUUAUAUCUUUGGAUUUGCCACGGUCUAUACUUACCAAAAAAGGAAAGGGUGAGGAUAGCCGAAGAAAAGUAAACAUACUGCUUCUGAGUGGACAAAGACUGGAAAUGACUUGUGAUACCAAAACUAUAUGUAAAGAUGUGUUUGAUAUGGUUGUGGCCCAUAUUGGCUUAGUGGAGCAUCAUUUGUUUGCUUUAGCUACCCUCAAAGAUAAUGAAUAUUUCUUUGUUGACCCUGAUUUAAAAUUAACCAAAGUGGCCCCGGAGGGAUGGAAAGAAGAACCAAAGAAGAAAAGCAAAGCCGCGGUUCCCUUUACUAUGUUUUUCCGGAUUAAAUUUUUUAUGGAUGAUGUUAGUCUAAUACAACAUACCCUGACCUGUCACCAGUAUUAUCUUCAGUUGCGGAAAGAUCUCCUAGAGGAGAGGAUGCACUGUGACGAUGAGACUUCCGUAUUGCUUGCUUCCUUAGCUCUCCAGGCAGAGUAUGGAGAUUACCAACCAGAGGUUUAUGGCGUGUCCUACUUUAGACUGGAGCACUAUUUGCCUGCCAGAGUAAUGGAGAAACUUGAGCUUUCCCACAUUAAACAAGAGUUGCCCAAAUUGCAUGGUACCUAUGUGGGAGCUUCGGAAAAAGAGACGGAGUUAGAAUUUUUAAAGGUCUGCCAAAGACUGACAGAAUAUGGGGUUCAUUUUCACCGGGUGCACCCAGAGAAAAAAUCGCAAACAGGAAUAUUGCUUGGAGUCUGUUCUAAAGGUGUCCUCGUGUUUGAGGUUCACAAUGGAAUUCGCACUUUAGUCCUUCGCUUUCCUUGGAGGGAAACCAAGAAGAUUUCUUUUUCUAAAAAGAAAAUCACAUUGCAAAAUACAUCAGAUGGAAUAAAACACUCCUUCCAGACAGACAACAGUAAGGUAUGCCAGUACCUGCUGCAACUCUGCUCCUCCCAGCAUAAAUUCCAGCUGCAGAUGAGAGCAAGACAGAGCAGCCAAGAUGCCCAAGACAUUGAGAGAGCUUCGUUUAGGAGCCUGAAUCUCCAAGCAGAGUCCGUUAGAGGAUUUAACAUGGGACGAGCAAUCAGCACUGGCAGUCUGGCCAGCAGCACACUGAACAAACUGGCCGUUCGACCUCUGUCAGCUCAAGCUGAGAUUCUGAAGAGGCUGUCCUGCUCAGAGCUGUCGCUUUACCAGCCAUCCCAAAACCAUUCCAAAGAGAAGAGUGGCAGAGCUUCCUGGGAGGAAAAGCCUAGAGGGAUGAGUAAAUCAUACCACGAUCUCAGUCAGGCCUCUCUCUGUCCUCAUCGGAAAAAUGCCAUGGUCACUGUGGAAUCCCCAACACACACCAUUGAGGAGCUGGUGGGAAAGCCCUUUCACCAGAUGGCGAGAUCUGACACAGAUUCUGUGACAGGAUUCACAAAGCUUAAUAAUUCAAAGUCUUUGGCAAGUUUAAAUAGAAGCCCCGAAAGGAGGAAACAGGAAUCAGAGUCAUCCAUUGAAGACACUGGUCAAGUAUAUGGCAUAGGAAUGACUAUGCAUAGUUCUGGAAAUCCUUCAUCCCAAGUACCCUUUAAAGAAAAUGAUGUGCUACGCAAAAGAUGGAGCAUCGUAUCCUCACCAGAAAGGGAGAUCACCUUGGUGAACCUGAAAAAAGAUGCAAAGUAUGGCUUAGGAUUUCAAAUUAUUGGUGGGGAAAAGAUGGGAAGACUGGACCUAGGUGUAUUUAUCAGCUCGAUUAUUCCUGGAGGACCAGCUGACUUGGAUGGAUGCCUAAAGCCAGGGGACCGUUUGAUAUCUGUGAAUAGCGUCAGUCUGGAGGGGGUGAGCCAACAUGCUGCAGUUGACAUUUUGCAAAAUGCACCUGAAGAUGUGACACUUGUUAUCUCUCAGCCAAAAGAAAAAAUGUCCAAAGUGCCUUCUACUCCAGUGCAUCUUGCCAAUGGAAUGAAAAAUUACAUGAAGAAACCUUCCUACCUGCAAGACAGUGCUGUAGAUUCUUCUUCUGAGGAUCGCCACUGGCCACAGGGUACCCUGAAGCACAUCAAGGACAGCUCCUUCAGUGUGCUGCCCGGUGGCCUGAGGGAAGGAAGCCUGAGUUCUCAGGAUUCCAGAACGGAGAGUGCCGGCUUGUCCCAGAGCCAGGUCAACGGCUUCUUUGCCAGCCAUGGAGGUGACCGGGCCUGGAAGGAAUCAUUUCAUGGCAGCCCGGCCUCAUCUGUCAUAUCCAAAGCUUCUGCGAAAAAGAGAAUCUCCGUGGACUGUGGCCAGAGCAAAGCUAAAACACUGGGCAUCAUUGAUGCAGCAGAUUACUCGGAUCGUGGCGAUUCAGACACGGACGAAACCACUUAUUCUCAGACUCGGGAUCAUCAAACACCAAAAAAGGAAUCUUCCUCCUCACUGAAUAAAUGCAACAAAAUGAAUUUUAAAAGUUUUUCUCCAUCACCUCCUAAACCUGGAGAUGUCUUUGAGGUUGAACUGGCUAAAAGUGAUAACAGCUUGGGGAUAAGUGUCACGGGAGGUGUGAACACCAGUGUCAGGCAUGGUGGUAUUUAUGUGAAAGCCAUCAUUCCCCAGGGAGCAGCAGAGUCUGAUGGUAGAAUUCACAAAGGUGAUCGUGUCCUGGCUGUCAAUGGAGUUAGUCUGGAAGGAGCUACCCAUAAGCAAGCUGUGGAAACACUGAGAAAUACAGGGCAGGUGGUUCAUCUGUUGUUGGAAAAGGGACAGUCUUCGGCACCCAAAGAACAUGUCCCUGUGACCCCACAGUGCACCCUGCCAGAUCCAGAUGCCCAAGGUCAAGCCCAAGAAAAAGUGGGAAAGAAAACAACUCAUGUCAGAGACUACAGCUUUGUCACUGAAGAAAAUACAUUUGAGGUAAAAUUGACUAAAAAUAGUUCGGGCCUAGGAUUCAGCUUCUCACGAGAAGAUAAUCUUGUACCUGAACAAGUGAACACCAGCAUAGUAAGGGUUAAGAAGCUGUUUCCUGGACAGCCAGCAGCAGAAAGUGGAAAAAUUGAUGUGGGUGAUGUGAUCUUGAAAGUGAAUGGAGCCUCUUUGAAAGGACUGUCUCAGCAGGAAGUCAUUUCCGCUCUCCGGGGAAGGUCCCCAGAAGUUUCCUUGCUUCUUUGCAGACCUCCACUUGGUGUGCUACCUGAAAUUGAUACCGCUCAUUUGACCCCACUGCACUCACCAGCACAAGUCCUUCUAAACAGCACGAAAGCCUUUCCUCAGCCUUCAUGUAUGGAGCAAGGCACCAGCUCAGAUGACAAUGAUGUGUCUGACAAAAGCAAGAAGCAAUGUCAGUCCCCAUCCAGGAGAGAGAGUUACAGUGACAGCAGUGGGAGUGGAGAAGAUGACUCAGGGAAAGCUCCAGCAAGGUUGGCAGAUAUGAGCUGGAGCUCAACUUUGCAUCAGACUCUGAGCCACGUGGUGUCACAAGCACAGGGUCAACAUGAAGCAUCCAGGAGUCACGAAGAUGCCCCUAGUGCCAUGUUUUACUGUCCUCAGGAAAUACCCGGCAAACUGGAAGUCAAGCACAGUGAUACUCCUUCCCCUGUACCCCCGGAUGUGACUGAGCAGAGUUGUCAAAAACAGCCAGAAUCUUCUUCCUCUAAUUCAAUGGAUAGACACCCUACUCAUGAUACUUCUGAGCCUAUGAGGCAAGGAGACUUGACAUCUUUGAAAAAGGUCUCAGAAAACCAUCUUGAAGACUUUGAGCUGGAAGUAGAACUCCUCAUUACCCUAAUUAAGUCUGAAAAAGGAAGCCUGGGUUUUACAGUUACCAAAGGAAAUCAAAGCAUCGGUUGUUACGUUCAUGAUGUCAUUCAGGAUCCUGCCAAAAGUGACGGAAGGUUAAAACCUGGGGACCGCCUUAUAAAGGUCAAUGAUACAGAUGUUACCAACAUGACUCACACUGAUGCAGUAAACCUGCUUCGAGCAGCACCAAAGACUGUCCGGUUAGUGCUCGGCCGAGUUCUCGACUUACCCAGGAUGCCAGUGUUGCCUCAUUUGCUGCCUGAUGUUACUCUAACAUGCAACAAGGAGGAGUUGGGUUUUUCUUUAUCUGGAGGUUGCAACAGCAUUCAUCAAGUGGUGUAUAUUAGUGAUAUCAACCCAAGGUCAGUUGCAGCCAUGGAAGGCAAUCUCCAGCUCUUAGAUGUCAUCCAUUAUGUGAAUGGAGUCAGCACGCAAGGGUUGACUUUGGAAGAAGUUAAGAGAGCGUUAGACAUGUCACUUCCUUCAGUGGUGCUGAAAGCAACAAGAGACGAACGUCCAGUAGUGCCCACCCCAAAGAGGGCUGCCAGUUCAAGUCCUGGGCCAAACAGGGCCAACGGCCAUCGCAGCGUGGAGCCCUGCAGCAAGCCUGCUGCUCUCACUCCUCAAAGUUCUUUCUCCAAGGUUAAUGGAGAAGGAAUAAUUGAAGUUUUGCACACUGAAGGAAAAGGCUUUACUUACCAGAUGAAAGAAUCAACAAAUGUGACCCUGUCCCAAGUUAGCUUUCCAAAUGAGCCAGUAGAGAGUUACUCUAAAUGCCUGAAUUCAGAGUCUGAUAUACAAGAAGAUGAUAUUUAUGAUGAUCCUCAAGAAGCUGAAGUUAUCCAGUCUCUGUUGGACGUUGUAGAUGAGGAGGCCCAGAAUCUUUUAAACCAAAAUAACGCAGCAGGAGAUGCCUGUGUUCCAGAUACACAGAACACCAAUGGGAGGUUGUCUGAAGAGAGAGCAGAAGACACGGACUGUGAUGGCUCACCGUUACCUGAAGAUUUUUCUGAGGCCACCAAAAUCAAUGGCUGUGAAGAGUAUUCUGAAGAGAAAGUAAUAAGUGACAGUAUAAUGGAGAAGUCACAAGAGAGGAGAACCGAUGAUGACGACGUCACCUGGGGGAGCAUUGAAUUGCCAAUGGAGCCAACGAACCAUGAAGAUCCCAGGGAAGACCACCCUUUCCUGACCAGUGAGGAGCUCGCCGCUCUGCCUGUCGUCACGGCACUUCCCUCGGGCAGAUACACGGGGGCCAGCUUGAAGGCAGUCGUUCGAACGCUGCGGGGCUUGCUCGACCAGGGAAUUCCUUCUAAGGAGCUGGAGUUUAUGAAGCACAGCAACGAUGCAACAAGAGUGCCCCUGGGCGACGACAGCGGAUAUAUCAACGCCAGCUUCAUUAAGAUCCCCGUGGGGAAGGAGGAGUUUGUUUACAUCGCCUGCCAAGGACCUCUCCCGACCACCGUGGGCGAUUUCUGGCAGAUGAUUUGGGAGCAAAAAUCCACAGUGAUCGCCAUGAUGACGCAGGAAGUGGAAGGCGAGAAAAUCAAAUGCCAGCGCUAUUGGCCUAACGCCCUCGGCAAAACCACCAUGGUCAGUGGCCGGCUCCGGCUGGCUCUGGUGCGAAUGCAGCAGCUAAAGGGCUUUGUCAUGAGGGCCAUGACCCUCGAAGAUAUUCAGACAGGAGAAAUGCGCCAGGUUUCUCACCUGAAUUUCACUGCCUGGCCAGACCACGACACACCUUCUCAGCCAGAUGACCUGCUCACCUUUAUCUCCUGUAUGAGGCACGUGCAUGACGCAGGCCCAAUCAUCACGCACUGCAGCGCUGGCAUUGGACGUUCAGGGACCUUGAUAUGCAUAGAUGUGGUUCUAGGAUUAAUCAGUCAAGAUCUCGAAUUUGACAUCUCCGAUGUGGUGCGGUGCAUGAGACUGCAGAGACACGGGAUGGUUCAGACUGAGGACCAAUACAUUUUCUGCUAUCAAGUGAUCCUGUAUGUUCUGAAGCGUCUUCAGUCCGAAGAAGAGCAGACAGAGCAGCAGGAGCCUCUGAAGUGACCUGAGAAGAGCAGGCUGCCGGAAGGCCUCCCCUGGUCCCCCAGCAGGGGCGGGGCGCUUGUUCGCCCCUUCCUCACAGUGGCAUAGCAGCAAAUGCCCUCGGGGUGCUGUCUUUUCACAGCUAUGUUCACCUCGGAUCUCAUGAUUAAAAACUAUGCAACCCUCACGGAACGACGGCAGUGGACGAAACUGCUUUUUGGUGUAGCUAUCUUCGGGAUGAGUCAGGCCGCAUCUCAUUCUAGUGGACAUGGGGACAGCAACUCUCCGAGUCUCUUUUUAACGCACCAAUCUUGUUUAUAGCAACAUUCUUUCUCGGUAUUUUAAUAGAGUUAUUUUAUAGGGGAUACUUGAAGACCAGUAUUUAAGCUUUAAGUGACAAUACUAUGGGCAUAGAAAAAAAAGUAGCAAAUUUUUACUGUAUCAAUUUUUAAUGUUUACUACAUAGAAUUUCCUGUAAUAUAUUUAUAUACUUUUUCAUGAAAGCAGAGCUAUCAGAUAUCUGUUUGUAACUGAUGUAUCAUCUCACUUUGUAAAUAAAAAUACACCUUAAAACGUGA